AUGUCGUCUAUUACAGAGACGUACUUCCCUUAUCUCCUGGAGAUCCUUCAACGGGAUCCCUCAGCUACAGAGCGGCUGAAACUGGAUUGUGGGAUGUGCUUCGAGGAAAUGACUACGGACGGAGUUGAAGAGUGUGAGCUCCCUGACGGUGAAACCGGUGUCGCCCACGUGGCUUACAUUCUUCCGUGUGGGCAUAUCUUUGGCCUUUCCUGCGUAGCGAGACACAGGCAACACAGCUUUGAAGAGCAGGUGUAUGGGAGGAGUCACCACAAAUGCCCAACAUGCCGCCAACGUCAACAUUUCAUUCCAUGCGGCUGCCCACACAUUCUGGGGACGAUGCUCCAAGUUCAGGAGGCCAACCGCCAGGAGAUGCUGGACAAGAUCGAGAAGGUCAAGGGCAUGGGUGAUCGCUGCAUCUCGUGCGGACUGAAGUCGUUCUCCAGCGCCCUAACGGAAGAAGUCGACCCGUUAGGAGGCGUUGACGCGGAUGAUGGCGAUUGGGAUGAUCCGUGGACGGGCGUUCAGCUAGUGAUUAGAAUGAACUUCCUGAAGCGCCCCGGGGAUCUUCACUGGCGGCUUGAUGCAUUCCGCAUCAAGAACCGACUGUAUGCGCCAUCGGACAUAAGCGCAGAUACGCGUCGUCGGCUGGACGACUUUAUUGACGAAAUGUCUUCAGCGUUCUUUGCGAACAUUCUGGAGUCCGGUGAAGGAGUUCAUCGGAUUUUAGCUGAGAUCACGAAGACUGGGGAUCGCACCAGUACUCUCUUGUCACACCUUUAA